GAUAUUUUAUAGAAGAAAAUCUUCCACUCAUUAUAGCAACACACUUGAACCAAACCAGUGUUAGCUCAUUGAUUAGUUAAGGUAGGAACAGAAAUCACUACCAAUCUAUCUACUACUCGUUCUUUCUUCUAUCAACUCCUCCAAUGUUUCUCUCUCACUACCACCAUCACCAUCUUCUCUUCUCAAACCUCCCUGUUCCUCUAACACUGACACACCAUCACUCAUCCUUUUCACACCCUCCACCAUCUCAUCUUCUUCAUUUUCUCCACAGACCCACAAUUAUUCCUCAUACUAUUUCAGCCAUUCCUCCAACACUUUCAUCAUGGCUAACCGAACUCACCACCGGAACAGAUGACCCUUCUUCUACCAUCCAAGUCACUUCCACCAUUCUUGUGACCGGAGCCAUCACUCUCUUCUUCUUUCGCACUCUCCAGCGCCGAGCAAAAAGAGCCAAAGAAUUGAAAUUUAGGUCCUCUGGAGUGAACAAGUCAUUGGCUUCAACUUCCAUUAAAGCUAAGAAACGACCUUCACCUGAUCAAGCAUUGUUGGGAGCAAUUAUAGCAGGUGUUAUUGCUGUUAUUCUCUAUAGGUUCACUACAAGCGUAGAGGCAACUCUGUAUCGCCAAACAAUUUCAGAUAAUUUCUCGGUCCGCCAGGUCACAAUCACCAUAAGGACAAUAAUAAACGGCUUGUGCUACCUUGCUACAUUUGUCUAUGGCAUAAAUUCUGUUGGUUUAUUGCUCUAUUCUGGUCAGCUUGCCAUGAACACUUUUGAGGGAGGACCAAGUGGAAAGGAAACUGAAAAAAGAAUCCUUGAGCAGUCAGGCUCAUCAAAUUCAUCAACUGAUAAACUAAACAGCACAAAGGAAGAUGAAAAUUCCAAUAAUUCACAACAAUGAAAGUCCAUUGGGAAAGUAAUUCACGAUUAGAAGUGAUCAAGUUCAUGUUGGUCUGUAAAGAGGUUCUUUGUAAAUACAGCAUUGUUCAAAAAUAGUGGUGGACUUGACUAAAUCCAGUUAAAUGGUGGUAUCAAUGUUUCAAUUAUAUGGUAAUCUCUUGACUUAGGUAUUGAUCUGAAUAUUGCGCAAAUCUAUAUACCUCGUUUGUUGAUA